UGUCCCCGAGUCACCGCACAGGUCCUCUGCGGCUCCGGCUUCAGGGUGCUGGAAGGAUUACCGCCGUUUUUGGGGUGGCAGUGAAAUCUUUGGAGCACCGGCAGCGAGGGAAGCUCCGCAGGGGAGUGAGUGAGGAGGGGUUCUGCCUGCGGGGGCUCGGGCGCAUGAAGAGCUGCUGCAGCCGAGGUCCUGCCCCGGCUGCGCUGCUUCUCCAUCCACAGCAGCGCUGCGGCUCCGAAGAGGCUCCCGCUGUCUGCGUGUUCCUUUCAACUUGCACUUACUUCAGCACAGCGGCCCGGCUGGGCUGGCCCUUCUGCAGUGCUGACAGAGGGCACCCACCGUGAGUUAUUUCCAUCCGGAUUUUGGAACAUUUUGCCACAGCUGUUGGGGCUGGUUGGGCUGUCCCUCUCGCCUGGGCUUUUCCCCCAGAACAGCACAUUUCUGCUGGUUCCAACUGCGUUCCCACAAACGUCUCUCUUGCUCUUGCUGUAAACUGCCAGCCGAGCGAUUCCAGCGUUGGGCUCUUUGUCCAGCAUGAAGAAGCCUAAAUAGAAAAUGUCUGAGGCACGUUAUAACCUGAAGGCGUUCUCAGAAAACUGGUACAUAAUAUCUGUGCGCUUAAGGCUUUGCUUUGUUCAGGAACAGCAACACACUUAAUCCUUUUCUUUGCCCGAGUGUGGGGAGAUAAAGGAAAGCCGGAGCCGGGCUGAUCUUGGGACAGCGGCUGCUGGGUGGCACCCAGCGCCCACGGCUGCGAUGGAGCAGCUUUGUGUGGCCAGUGCUGGGGAGGCUGAUGGCCGCGGCUGCAAGGUGGCCAUGGCUGCUAAUGAUGAAUUACAGCACGGGGUGCGCUGGCCAUCGGCUCUUUGCCUGGUCUGCGGGUCCUGCUUACCCACGGGGGCUCUCCCACCUCUCCCUUCUCUCCCCCGGCAAAUGCACGCUCAUAAAGCAGGGUGUUUCUGUGGGCGGCCGUGCUGCGGCUUCAUUUUAUACUGCUGAAGCCUGAGACAUUUGGCUAUAUUGAUUACAAACUUUUCAAUGAUAAUAUAAUUCCUUAUUCACGGGUCAUUUUUAUGGGAAGAAUCAGUGUUCAACACCGAUCCUGGCUUUUUCCAGGCAUCUCUUCGGCACAGGUCUCCCUAGGCUGAAGCAGGGAUCCUGGAUGCUCGUUGCCAUGACCAUACGUGCAUCGGCUCGGAAACGCUAUGCAGCUGCCACGACAAACUGCAGAGAUAACUGUCUGCAGUUACCUUAAUUUAGAUGCUCUUUCUGCCAUUUCUGACCAGGCAUCAAGUUUAUAAAUGCCCACAGAUUUUUAGGGGAAAGGUACAAAAGAAAGGUGAGGUCCUAGCGUAACAGAAGUGUGAUUUGAGCUAUAGAGAAUAGUUACAGCCUAAAUGGGAAUGACGGCAAUCCCUGGACUUCAAAAUCUUGGAGCCUCACCCCUUUCAGCUGCGGGAGCGAUGCUUUGGUGCUGUGUGCCCGUCAGCCCCUCGUCCUUGCAGGAGCGCACAAGUGCCCCGAGGACCGAGCAGCGCAGCCCAGCCCAGCCGGUGGCACGGGGCGGCCGCAUGCCGAGCCCCGCUGGCCCCUGUUCCCGGCACCGCACCCCUAAAAGAAGGAAUAUUCCUUGUCUUAUUUGAAAACACAGGGCUGCCAUGUAGGGAUGUUGUUCUUUUUUUAAUUAUGCAAAAUAAGAGAAGAAAGUUGUGGGCUUGGAAGGACCAGUGAGAGGUCCAUCUCCGAUGCUCUAUCGGAUGCAGGCUUUUUCUUGAAUGGUCAUUCCUCUUGUCUUUCCCAUUUCUACUGUCCUCAGAAAUUGCACCUCCAGCAGCUUGGGGAAGAGUUCUCUGCUCCGAGCACUUUUGCCAUCAGAAAAUUUUUCUGGGGAUAAAACCUGAAUUUUUCCACUUCUUCUCAUGCUUUUUCACAGCAGCCCCUAUCACCCUAAACAGGGUCUUCCAACUGGCAUUGCCACAGGGGUCUCCCAGCCGAGGUACUGCUGGUCCCAGACCUCUCUACCCCCCGAAGUAGGUGUUGGUGAGUUUCUGAAAGCUAAUCGGCAAGAUGUCAAAUUAUCACCCCUGUGCAAAAAAAAGACUCACGUUUCUUCAUUUUAUAUUGCCUGGUGGUAGCUCAGCUCUCGGUUUUAACUCGUUGCAGGGACGACUGGAUAGCCGGCCUGUGGCCGAUUUUUUUCUAAUAAAGCUGGAAUGAGUUACUGCAUUACCGUCUCCCACCAAGGAUGCCCAGACGUAUUCUGGAGCUUGCCUUGACCAGAUCCAGCUCUUUGGGCGACUCUUCAAGGCCACAAAGGCACCUCGUUGCUAUAUUAAAAGAAGAUAAAGAGACGUUUGGGUUUGAAAUCCAGACUAUUAGAUUUCCGCACCAAAAUGAUUACUCCCUGGAGGUAUGCACUUGCGUCUGCAAAAUUCAAGAAGAAAGUCCUGCCCAUCUUUCUGGCCUUCAAAUUGGCGAUAUCCUCGCCAGCAUCAACGGCGUCAACACUGAUGGUUUUAGUCACAAGCAAAUAGUAGACUUGAUAAAGUCUUCAGGGAACUAUCUAAGGUUAGAGACCAUCAACGGGGCCAUGUUUCUGCGGAAAAUGGAGCUGGAGACCAAGCUGCAGUUGCUGAAGCAAACGCUGCAGCAGAAGUGGGUGGAGCUGCGCUGCCUGCUCUCCCAGGAACGGCGCUUGCUGCACGGGGAGGUGAACGACAAUGCUCUGCUGGGCGCACUGGAGCUGGAGGAGUCCGGCUUGCUCGGUGGCUGCGACGCGCCGGGACCCCUCUUUCCGAGGAAGCCUCGCUUCUCCAGCGAGAGCAGCUCCCGCAGCCGGCUGAGCUCCAUGACUCUGGACAGCGAGGACAGCUUCUACCAGAGCGGCGCCUUCGAGGAUUCCGCAGCGGAGAGCCUGAGCCGCCAGUCCAGCGUGGACGAUGACUGCUUCUUCCCGCGGGAUGUGGAGGGCGCUGCCGGGAGGUCGUCCCUGCGCAGGAACCGCAGCAUCAGCCUGGCCAGCAGCGGGUCCAUGUCCCCGCUCUGGGAGGGCGGCAGCAGCAGUAGUUUUGGGACCCUCCCGCGGAAAAGCAGGCGACCCAGUGUCCGAAAGCACCUUUUGAAAUUCAUUCCGGGCCUUCACCGGGCGGUGGAAGAGGAAGAAAGUCGGGUGUGACAUGGCACGCGUCAUCCGCAGUGGCUGGGUCUCUGCGCGGGGGACGGCUGCGUGGGCUGGGACCGAGGGCAGCAGCUCGCCCAGGAGCACGCGGUGGGUGAAACGCGGUGGCACGGCCUGUUUCCUCUCCUCACGCAACCUCACAACAGGACUGAUGGUAUUUAAAAUGCUCUGGGGUUUUUUAAUUAUUUUAAUUUUCAAUCAGAGCACACCGUGGACCUCUUCAUUAACGUGAAAAAUGACUAACUCUGAAAUGUGAAGAACCUUUGCAGGACUUCCUCAGCGUACUUUAGUGUUAAUAACAGUUUUUAAUUGAAUGCAAAAUUGAUAGCUAUUUAUUUCCUGUUACCGAAGUCAUAGUCUCACAAAGGUCUUUAAUAAAAGUGCUU